UCUUUCCUUUUUCUUUAAAAUCCUCUUUUUGUCGGGUUGUCAGCCAUUGAAGGCUAUAAAUUUUUGGUAAAAUUCCGUGUAAUACUAAUUCAAAACGGUAAAAAGCGGGCAAUAUGAAACUUAAUAUAUCAUAUCCUAAUACAGGAUGUCAAAAACUGUUUGAAGUGGUGGAUGAUCAUAAAUUGCGUAUUUUCUAUGAAAAACGCAUGGGAGCUCAAGUUGAAGCAGAUGUCUUGGGAGACGAAUGGAAAGGAUAUAUUCUAAAAAUUACUGGUGGAAAUGACAAACAAGGAUUCCCCAUGAAACAAGGUGUCUUAACUCAUGGUCGUGUUCGUUUAUUAUUAAAAAAGGGACACUCUUGUUAUCGUCCAAGAAGAACUGGUGAACGAAAGCGAAAGUCUGUGAGAGGUUGCAUAGUUGAUGCAAAUAUGUCAGUUCUUGCUUUAGUAGUUGUUCGUAAAGGCGAGAAAGAGAUCCCAGGAUUAACUGACAACAUUAUUCCACGUCGCUUAGGGCCUAAGAGAGCCAGUAAAAUCCGCAAAUUGUAUAAUUUAUCGAAAGAAGAUGAUGUGAGGAGAUACGUAGUAAGACGCCCAUUACCUGAAAAAGAUGGUAAAAAGGCGAGAUCAAAAGCCCCCAAAAUUCAAAGACUAGUGACUCCAGUUACUUUGCAAAGAAAACGGAGACGUCUAGCAUUGAAGAAAAAACGACAAUUAGCUUCGAAAGAAGCCGCAGCUGAAUAUGCCAAGCUUCUUGCGCAACGUAAGAAGGAAUUUAAAGCUAAAAAAGAAGAAUUGAAACGUAAGCGUUCGGCUUCAUUAAGAGAAUCUAGGAGCUCAGUUUCAAGCGAUAAAAAAUAAAAUAAAUAUUGAAAGUCUUGUUUGAAGUUGAUAAAAUAAAUAUUUUUUAUUGCUAGAA